UUUAUUGUCAGAAAUGUUAGGUUAAUACUAAUUUGUUUGCAUUUUCGGAGUGAUAGACUGAAGAAUAUAAAAUUUUUAUUCUUUGUUCAUCGAAUGAUUUCGUGUUUUAAAUCUGGUGCUCAGUGUAAAUCGCAGAGAAAUAAAAUGUAUCCAAUUUACAUACCAACAGUUUUAUUCCUUUUUAUAAUCUCCAUUAUUCAGGCUUCAUCUCUAAAUGUUACUCAUCAAGCUCCAUUUUUUACAAAAUCUCAUAAAAUGAAUGACCUCACCACUGCAUUUUCUGGUUCUUCUGCCAACUUCAGAUGUGCAGCAGAUGGAACACCAGCACCUGAUGUAAUUUGGUUUAAGGAUGGAAUGCCUAUUGAAAAAGAUCACCGUGUUCGUAUGCAGAAAUGGUCGUUAAAAUUGGAUGACAUAAAUUCUGAUGACGAAGGAAUUUAUACCUGCAUUGUUUCAAAUACUGAAGGAAGCAUACGUUUUAAUUUCACAUUGGUAGUUACUGAUAGAAUAGCAUAUCAACCUAUCAUAAUAGAAGAUUUUGCUACUAACCAGACAGCUUAUGUUGGAGAAACAGUUGUUCUUGAGUGUAAAUUUUCCAGUGAUCUUCAUCACACAGUUCAGUGGGUAAAGUAUUUUGAAAUGAAUGGAUCUUCAGCUGACGAGUUUGGUGUGCCUUAUGGAAAAAUUGUUGAGGUAUGGUGUUGGAAGAAU